UGUACUUGGACAGCUUGGAUCUCUGACUGAGACUGCAGUGUGUGGUACAUAGACAGAAAUUGUCAGUGAAUUGCUGAUAAAAAGAGAGAGAGAUAGAAUAAAGAGAGAAGGAGUGAGGGAUGGCGUGCAAUGGCGGAUGUGGAUGUCCAGUUUUCAGCAACCUCUUGACGGUCCGUGAGAAUGCUUUGCUCUUCACUCUCCUGGGAGCCAAGUGUAAGGCAGUGGUCUCAGCAGUAGCCCAGGUGUAUGUGUGCUUCCCUGGGCGUCAGGUGUGGAGGCAUGAGGGCUCUGGGGUAGUGUGUCUGGUUGAAGACAGCUCACAACACUCCUACUUCCUGCGUGUGUACUGCGUCAAGAGAUCUAAGUUGCUGUGGGAACAGGAGCUGUAUGUUCCUUUUCGAUACUCUGCACCCCACCCCUACUUCCACACCUUCCCUGCAAAUGACUGCCAGGCGGGCCUGAACUUUGCAGAUGAGACAGAGGCAGAGAGGUUCUGUGCAGCCGUGGAGAGACAGAUCCAACAAGCCCCAGACAGAGCUAGUGGGCAGAUGAACCAUACUGGCAGUGUGGACUUCUCCUCAGGCUGUAUCUGUGAACAGGAACAGAGCCGAUCUGAGAUCAGCACUCCAUCUCCACAUGCGUUAGAACAGGAGUCCCAGGUGAGAGUGGACCCAGAGCAAGGCUUCAGUACUAGAGAGCUGGACCCUGCUCUGAGGAAGCUGGUCAGGAUGGAGAGACAAAAUGAGGAGGAUGUGACGGACAGACACACAUCUAAAGUAAUCUGCAGCCUCAUCUACAGUCUGGGGGGAGUGGAGGCUGACAGCAGGGACAUGAACAACAGAGGUCCAGCCUCUAAGACCUUACCCAACAGAGCUACAGGGACCUCCACCUCCACCUCCCUGGCCCUGAGGAAGGGGCCUCUGCCUCCUCUCCCGUCCCCCCUCACACGGAGUGUCAGCUCUCGAGAUGUCUCCAAGAGCCCUCUCCCACCCUGGGUCCCCCAACCUCCCUCUAUGCCCGCCCCCCCUCCUCCUCCUGCAGGGGCACUCGCUGAGAGGAUCAGAAAGACCAUGAGCUUCAGACCGGUGGGCUCGCCCUCUGCUGUAGAGUCUGACCUGGUCCUGAGUGCACUGAGGGAGAUAUUCCAGAAACGCCAAUACCUCCAGCAUCAUAAAGAUGACACCACAAGCCAGUCAGAGAUGGAUUCUUACAGCGGGCAGUGGCUGUAGAGAUAACAGGUUGAGAGGAGAAAUAUCCCCCUGCUUUCACAAGCAUGUUGUUUCUCAAGCAUGUUGUUAUUUGAAGUCUUCACUUUUGUCUUUCAUUUUGAAUUAAUUCACUGUUAAAUAAUGAUGCAUCAUUGAAAAAAUGUUUUAGUGAAGAAUACGAUGCUCAAUCAAGCCCUUUCUAAAAUAAAAUCUGUA